AUGAGUGUUGGUCCUUUGGUAACGGAGAUAGUGCUGGCGUUUUGCCUUGCAACGACACUUUUAUACCGAUAUGGAAAUAUAUUUAGAAAUCAUAUUGUCGUCACCGUUUCUGUACUUAUCGCUUGGUACUUUUCAUUGUUAAUUAUAUUUGUUUUACCAUUAGAUGUGUCAUCUACUGUAUAUAGACAGUGUGUAGAAAAAAAUAGUCGUUACAAUUUAUCAAUCACUACAGACAACAAUAACACUAGUAAUGUAACGAUAAAAUGCGAGAAGCCAUGGUCUAGUGUCCCAGACAGCGUAUUUCCAAAUUUAUGGAGAAUUGUCUACUGGACAUCUCAGUGUUUGACGUGGUUAAUAUUACCCUUGAUGCAGUCGUACAUCAAAGCUGGUGACUUUACAGUCAAGGGAAAAUUAAAGUCCGCUUUGAUAGAUAAUGCUAUUUAUUACGGAAGUUAUCUGUUUAUUUGUGGUGUACUUUUGAUAUACAUCGCAUUGAAGCCUGGUUUAGAUCUUGAUGGUCAAAAAUUGAAAGCCAUCGCAUCAUCGGCUUCAAACACAUGGGGACUUUUUUUGUUAAUAAUGCUAUUGGGUUACGCGCUAGUCGAAGUACCACGGGGACUGUGGAAUGCUAGUAAACCAGGUUUCACAUUACAGUACAGUUAUUUCAAAGCUUCGAAGUUAAAUUUAGAAAAAUGCGAAGCUGAAGAAACUGUUGAUGAUAUUUUAGAGUCGCUGCAAGCCGCAUCAACAGCAAUUGGUAGCACACAUCCAUUUCAUCGUAAUCUAGAGACAAUAUUUCAAAAAGUACCAAUUGAAUUGAAAGAACGUAUGAAUAGAAGACAACUUCCUGAAGAUGCUCACACAAAUGCUCCCUCUGAGAAAUCAUUAAUUAGAUUACAUAGACAAACAAUCAAAGCUCUGCAAACGCUCCAAAGAACGGAAACCCAAUGGGGAAUUUUAGUCGAACAAAUUUUUCAUCUCGAAGAUAUUUCGAAAAAUCAAACGAAUCAUGAUAGAAGAUUCAAGUCAUCUUUUCCCACUAUUCGUCCGUUUUUUAUUCGUUUAAUUUAUAACCCAACACUAGUACUUAAAAUUCGGCUGUUGAAUCUCUACUACCUGGCGCCGCAUCACCAAACAAAUGAGUACAGUUUGAUAUUCAGCGGUAUGAUGUUCUGUCGUUUGACACCACCAAUGUGUCUCAAUUUCCUUGGAUUGAUUCACAUGGACUCGCACAUUAUUAAAACGCACAUACUGGAAACUCAUUACACUCAAGUAAUGGGACAUAUGGAUGUAAUAUCAAUUAUAUCCGAUGGGUUUAACGUAUACUUUCCGAUGGCAAUUUUAGCAUUUUGUUUAGCGACUUACUUUAGUCUUGGCAGUAGAUUGUUAUCUGUAUUAGGGUUCCAACAAUUUCUUGGUGACGAUGAAGUUACUACUGAUCUCGUUGAUGAAGGAAGAGAAUUGAUACAGCGAGAGCGACGCAGAAGACAACGUAUUGAAGAGUCAAUAAUGCGUCGUCGUGAAUUUCAAGAACGAACAAAUAACCCAGCACGUAAUCGUAAUUCUAGACAAAGUGUUGAUACCGUACGGUCUGUCAAACGCGACGAAUCUACUGAAUCAGUCAGAGCAGGUCUACUGCGUGAUUUUGAUACCUCUGAUUACUAUGUCGGUACGACAUUUAACUCAUCCUCGAACAGAUAUGGAGCUAAUAACGCAUAUGAACGCAAUGGAUAUCAGUCCAGUGAUUUUUACGAUAUUAAUAAUGACGAGGAUAAUUCGAGAAUAUAUUCUUCGUCCUCGAUCAAUAAUAGUAGUAGUAAUUACAGUAGAGCACCGCCACGAAGAAUAUUUGAUGAUGUGUGA